AUGGCCUGGCUAUCAGCAGUUUCAACAGUACUCUCUCUGACAGCCUAUCCCAUAACUUAUCUCGCCUACUUUGGAUAUGGCGUCUUGCGACUACUCGUAAACUUACUGAUAGGCCUGGCCCGCUAUCCGCUGCGAUUAGUCCUUCUCCCCUUCAGGGUCCUGGCUCAAUUCGAGGCCAUUCUCAUCUUCAUCACGGCAGCCGCCUGUAUUGGUCUCGUUCUUGGCGUGAUGUUGUAUUGCACCACGCACUUGACGGUCGAACUGUUCAAUCAAUGGCUGGGGUUCAUCGUCUCGAGCUCCCCCUUGAAGCCGGAUAUUGAAUCUAUAAACAAGAGAUACGCGAGACCGGGUACUUCGGCUCUGGUCAGUGGUGGCCGUCUAGAAUGGGGCGGAAAGAAGUCCCUUGAACCUUGGGGUGCGAGUGGGCCUUCGACUUCGACCAUACUGGAGGAGGACGAUGAAUACAGCUCGGCAUACUUGGAGGACUAA